GGAUGGUGCGUCAAGUAACUUCCGGUUCCGCCUUGCAAAUGGCUCCCCCGCAGUAAUGUUUGUGCCAAGUUGUAUCUGAGCCGUGGGAUUUUGUUCUGUACGUGGUGGUCUUUUAAAGCAAACAUCACAGAGGGCAGCAAUUUCAUCAAUGAUGCUCAAAAGGUGACAUCUGUGCACAAUGGGGAAGAGGUACUACUGUGAUUACUGCGACCGGUCCUUUCAGGACAACAUGCAUAACAGGAAAAAACAUCUAAAUGGUGUUCAGCAUCACAGAGCUAAAAAAGCCUGGUAUGACCAUUUCAGAGAUGCUGCAGCCAUUCUGUAUGAUGAGCAAACAAAGAAACCCUGCAGAAAGUUUCUCCAAAAAGGAAUUUGUGAUUUUCCUAACUGCAGGUUUUCUCACAUGUCUGAAGAGGAGCUGUUUCACUUAAAGAGACAGGUGGAAGAUGAAAGGCGGCACAGAGAGGACUCUGAGGACAGAAUCAUGCCUGAGCCAAGCAUAGAAGAUUGGCUCACGAGAAGGGAAAAGAGGCAAUCUGCCCUCAGUAGCAAAGGAGAUCCUAAAACUAAGGAGGACAAUGAAGAGGGUCAAGCAGAAACUGACAUACCCCAACAGUUCCUCUCCAUUCCUGACCUUCCACCCUCACUUCUACCUCCUCCUCCAGGUGGAUGGAGAGUCAAAGUGAACACUGAGUGGGGUUGACAGACAUCCACUCUGGGGUUCACAUCACUUUUAUGUGGGUAUGUGGCAUUAAUAGACUGUUUCCAAAAAUAAUUAUUAUUAAGAAAUGGUCUCCCAUUUGCAUUUGAAGGUUUGCCAAUUUGAAAAGAGGAUUUCAGCUGAUACAAAAAAGCAGUUUGUUAGGAAUACAAUAUUAAAUUCUGUAUACCAACCGCAAUAUUUCCAUUAUCGGCUACGUUUUUGUUGCUUUUUGUUUAAAAUAACUAUUAUUUUUUUUGUGUUUUUUGAUGCCAUGUAUUUACAUAAGUUUCAAAUCAAGAUUGGACAUUAGCAGUGUACAGAUGUCGCAAACGAACCCUCAAAAUUGACUUUUUGACAAUGUCAGAAUGACAGUGUUGUUAAUUGAUGCGCCAUUCAGCUGUGGCAUGUCCUUAAAGUGAGACUCCUCAAAGGAGUUACACUGGAAGUCAUGUAGUCCCAAAAGGAAUGCAUGAUUGCUGAGCAGAUGGAAAUCAUUUUCUUGUUAUUAUUCUGUUCCGCAUCACUGGGGGGGAUUCCUGAUCUCAUGACUCACAGUUUUACUCACCAAAUAGUAAAGUUGAGAAACUGUUUUCUGGGUUAAAUUUUAUAAUUAAAGCUUUGAUAGAAAGUUUGUUGCUGCAGUUUUUUAAGUGAGGAUGAUAUACAUCCCUUGGAUUUCUAACAUUUUUUUUUUUGGUUUUUAAAACUCUCAAGUGGCUGAGAUGUGUAUUCUUUGUAAGCCAGAAAAAUGGUGUAAUUAAACUGUCAGUUACCUGCA